GCCCCGGCCCCUCCCUCGCCGCGUGGUUGCGGAGCGGCGGGUCGGCGUGCGGUCGUGGCCGAUUCUGGCAGCUGGCAACCAUGAAUGAAUGGAUGAAGAAAAGCCCCUUAGAGUGGGAAGAUUAUGUUUAUAAAGAAGUCACAGUGGUAGCCAGUGAGAAGAACGAGUAUAAAGGAUGGUUUUUAACUGCAGAUCCAGUCUCUGCCAAUAUUGUCCUUGUGAACUUCCUUGAAGAUGGCAGCUUAUCUGUGACUGGAGUUAUGGGACAUUCUGUGCAGACUAUUGAUGUCGUGAACGAAGGAGACCACAGAACGAGAGAGAAACUGACACAUUUGUUCAUGUCUGGAGACUACAAAGGCCAUAGCCCCGAGGACCUGGAAAAUAAAAAGAACAGCUUAAGGAAAUGGCUUGAGAAGAACCACAUCCCCAUCACUGAACAGGGAGAGUCACCAAGGACUCUCUGUGUGGCUGGGGUUCUGACUAUAGACCCACCAUAUGGUCCAGAAAAUUGCAGCAGCACUAAUGAAAUUAUUUUGUCCCGGGUUCAGGAUCUCAUUCAAGGACAUCUUGAAGCUUUCCAACAGGAGGAGGUCAAGAACUUUGAGCAUACUGAUUGAAACUGAUUUCCUUAUUUUGUUCUUUGAAAAAUGUGUUCCUCGUAUUACAGGACUUCAGAGACGUA